CAAGAAAUUGAGUGAAAACUCGAAGCUUUGGCUGCGAUGGACGAAAAGAAAGCAGAAAAAACUGAAACUGUGGGCGGGCAAGACUUUGGAUACUGCUAUUCCAGACGGGGACAAUUUCGUGGAGGCGAUUGCGGGAGGACUGGCAAACAUACUCGGGCUAACACUCACUGAGGGAGUCGCGCAAAAUUUGGCAUUUACGUUGAGCUACACUGCUUUGAUCGAGCUUGCCUUAGACGUCAUAGGAAUUGGGGCCUCAAUAAAAUCCAUGAGUUCAACUGGUUUAACUCUUGGUCAAAUGAAGAUGACUCUCAAGGAUAUCAAAAAGAUGGUUAAAAUCAUCCUUUCAGCUCCUCUUCAGAUCGCGGGCAAAAAGACAUUGAGUGCUAUCAACUUUUUGGAAAACAAGCAAAUCAAAUUGACUGUUCAGCAGUUCUGGUUUGCUCUACAAGAUGCUCAACAGGCAUUUGAGUUCGCUAUUUCCCAAGGAAAUAGUAUCGAAAAUCUAGAACACGCAGCGAAAGCGUCUCAAAUCAUAGUUCUAGCAAAAUUUUGCACUCUUUCGUAUGAUGAGCAAAGCGAAACCAUCGAACCAUUCUACGUUCUUGACGAUGACAAACAAAAAGCAAUCGCUAACGAACUUGAAAACGAUUGCAAAAAUUUUCUCGAAUUCCACAAAACAGUUAAAGUGGCUUUCUUCAGCCUAAAUAAGAACACCAAGAACAAAGCGCUACGUUCAAUGAAGAACACGUUUUUGAAAGCUUUGUAUCCCUACAUAUCUGAAGGCAAAAAAUACACGCAAGCAGAGAAAGAGCUUCUAAUGAAGACUGAAAUAAAGUGCGAUCCUGAGUUGGUGCCGCAGGGUUACGAAAAUGCUACUCCGCUUAUACUGGGCUUCAGAAAAAACGAAAAGAACAAAGUUAUCGAGUCGUUUUACAAAGACGGAGACGGAUAUAUUGUUUCUGCACAAAAAUCUUCCGAAAUUGGGUUCUAUCAAAAGUGCAAAAGUGAAAUAAAAAUAUUUCUUUUUAAAUAUUUUUUACUAUCUCCAGAUGGCAUGAAAAACAUGGAGUUUUUACGAACAACUGAUCAAAACCCAAUAUUCUACGCAAAAAGUUUGAAGUGGAGCCGGAAUGAACAUGUAAAAAUUGAUGUACGAAUCCCAAUUUCUCUGGCGUUUUUCUUGUACAGGUCAGCUAAGAACGAGUGGUUCUGCUCUCCUGUCGUAGGAGAAGAGGAUGAAUUUCAUAGCUGUGUCUUGAGGAACAAGAUUGAUGACACAAGCCCCGCCGCUAGAGCAGAGAUUACGGACAGCCCCCCACUGAGUGGUUGGGAAUACUUCAGUAAAGACGGAGAGUGGGUGUUGUAUGAUCACGAUUUGCCAAUUGGUUCAUUUGUGACCCUUGAUGGCUUAGAUUGCGACACUUUCAUUUCCAAACCAUGGGAAUCUCUAGACCGGUCAAAAUACAAAGAUGAAAUUAUCGUAACCGCAUCGGCAGAAAACAUUGGAGGUGCCUUUUCAUUUGUCUGUGGAGUGUAUAAAGUACACAAGGAACCGCAGUUCAAGCACAGUGGAGUUUACAAGAUUUCAAACGGUAAAUCCUUGAUAUAUAAAACAGACGGAGGAAAGUGGUGUAUUGACAUCGAACUAGGAAAUGACUCCCCUAUGCAUUAUAAUGACUCCGCGCCGUGCAGCGAAUGGCCUCCAGCAGAUGGAUGGAAACAUUUCUUCGGCUUCAGUUUACCGAUCGAGUUGAGAAUUAUAAUCAGAAAACGUUGAAAAUGCUGAGCCCAAAUCAUUGUAAAAAAAAAUUCACAGCCUAAAUAUGAACAAUUCUGACGUGAAACGCUUUCAAAAAAUCUGCAUUUGCUUUUAGAGUUAGCUUAUGAACAAUUACUCAACAAUUUCAUUGCAUGCUAACAUUGAU